AUGGCUUACAUUGCCAAGUCUUUCUACGACCUCAGUGCCAUCAGCCUGGAUGGGGAGAAGAUAGACUUCAACACGUUCCGAGGCAGGGCCGUGCUGAUUGAGAAUGUGGCAUCACUCUGAGGAACAACUACCCGGGACUACACCCAGCUCAAUGAGUUGCAAAGUCGCUUUCCCAGGCGUCUGGUAGUUCUCGGCUUCCCUUGCAACCAGUUCGGACAUCAGGAGAACUGUCAGAAUGAGGAGAUCCUGAACAGCCUCAAGUAUGUCCGCCCUGGGGGUGGGUACCAGCCCAUCUUCAGUCUAACCCAAAAGUGUGACGUCAACGGGCAGAACGAGCAUCCUGUCUUUGCCUACCUGAAAGACAAGCUGCCCUACCCUUAUGACGACCCGUUCUCCCUCAUGACCGAUCCCAAGCUCAUCAUAUGGAGUCCGGUGCGCCGCUCAGAUGUGUCCUGGAACUUUGAGAAGUUCCUCAUAGGGCCAGAAGGGGAGCCCUUCCGUCGCUACAGCCGCACCUUCCAAACCAUCAACAUCGAGCCUGACAUCAAACGUCUCCUCAAAGUCGCCAUCUAG